GAAUUCUGGAGAUGUUGCCCAAUAGCAAACAAUCAGAUUUUUCCUUUUCUUUUCUAAUUUAUAGGCGGCUGUUUAAAUGUAAUUUCUCCAGAUAUUUGUUUCUAAUGAUUGUAAACAGAGUGACUCCGGCUGAAAAUUACUUUCGUUUUCUGAACAAGCCCCUCCUCGCCCGCGCCCUUUAUACUCUCAUAAAUAAACCCCCAGCGAUAUCUAUUUAUGGCUGCGUCCUCCCCACUAGGAGUUUGUUUGCGCGAACUACAUCUCCCCAGCAUGCCGCGCGCCAUUAUCUGCCUCACUGCCGUACAAGUGCAUGCUGGGGCUUGUAGUUUUCUUUGGACGGGCAGCGAAUCCGCCAUUCAUUGCCCUUAACAGCUACACUGCGAUUGGCUGAGCGGCUUGUGCUGCUGUUCCUGGAAGGGCAAGGACUAGGCAGGGGUAGUGCCAGGCUGUGGGCAGCGGGUAGGGGAUGCAGUUAGUACAAGUCAUAUUCUGCUUAUGCUGAGGUCACAGUGCAGGGCCAGAGGCUGGGAUUAGGUAUCAGCUGACUGCAGCUCUAAAAGGGGCAGUUACAGGCUUUAUAUAGUCCCAGUAGGGUGACACUUUCUGUUUCCUUAGGGUGCUCUGCUAUGUAGUGUGACUUGCCAGGCUUCAGUUAGAGGCAGUGCCAGGUAGACUGUGAGUUUAGGGGGAAUUCUUGCCAUGUGGGUUUUCAGCAUGAGGUUCUGUUGCACUUUGGCCAAAGUCGCUGGGAGAUGUCAAUCAAGACAAUUGGCAGGGGGCGCAGGGCACAGGAGAUUCACUGCUUCGUCCAUACAGCCAACUCCAAGUUUUGGCCUCCUGUUUGAUAUCGAUGGGGUCAUUGUGAGGGGAAAAAACCCCAUCCCAGGGGCGGCCGAGGCCUUCAAGAAGCUGGUGGGCAGAGACGGGCGAAUGACGGUGCCUGUGGUUUUUGUGACUAAUGCGGGGAAUUGCGUGCGCCAAACCAGGGCGAUGGAGCUGACCAAAGUGUUGGGUGUUGAGGUGUUACCAGAGCAAGUCAUUCUCUCUCAUAGUCCCUUGCGCAUGUUUCAGCAAUUCCACGACAAAUGCGUCCUGAUGUCUGGCCAGGGGCCCGUGGAUGAGAUAGCCCGGGACCAGGGCUUCCAAAAUGUUGUUACCAUUAAUGACCUGCGAAUGGCGUACCCUUUGCUCGAUAUGGUGGAUCACAAUCGCAGACCUAAAAAUCCACCUCCUGUGAUCCAGAACUUUCCAGCAAUAGAAGCUGUGAUCCUAUUGGGUGAGCCUGUGCGGUGGGAGACCAGCCUGCAGCUAAUCCUGGAUAUACUACUGAGCAACGGGCGCCCAACGGCAUGGCUUCCCCAGGUCCCGUACCCACAUAUCCCUGUCCUUGCCUGUAACAUGGACCUGCAAUGCAUGGCCGAAGCUAAGAACCCCAGGUUUGGGCACGGCACGUUCCUGGUCUGCCUGGAGACUCUCUAUCACAAACUUACUGGGCGGGAGCUGAGGUACGAGGCGCUCAUUGGGAAACCCAGUAUGGUGACGUAUAGUUUUGCAGAGCACCUUAUUCUGGAGCAAGCAAAGAAGAGGGGAUGGGAUGCACCAAUCCGCACACUGUACGCUAUUGGGGACAAUCCAAUGGCAGACAUCUACGGGGCCAAUCUCUACAAUCACUUCCUAACGAGCAACCGGGGGAAGUCCGAGGAUGGGCUGCCCCACAGCUGCCGGUCUAUCCUGGUGUGCACUGGGGUGUACGGCAAUCAGGGGGAGGUGCCAACGGACACACGGGAGAGCGUGACCCAGACCGUCUUCCAUGGGCACCGAGACUUCCGACUAGACCCCACCUUGGUGGAGGCAUCGCACAUUGUGAAAGACGUGGAACAUGCUGUGAAUUUGGUGCUGAGGGAAGAGGGUUGGGUCUCAGAGAGUGAAGGAUUAGAGAGUGCGAGUGAAUGAAGCAGGGGGGUCUGAAGGGAAUGAAAGGGAACAGAAGGGAAUGAACGGUAUUAGAAUGGGGGAGGGGAAAUCCACAAUAUUUGUUUGGAUGAUAUAAGAAGAGAUCAAUGGUAACAGAACAGGAGGAAUAGUACUAUUUUACUGGUUUUAGCAUGAAUAGAGGGACAUUCUCCCUGGGGCCCUAAGAAGGGCCAAUUUUACAGAAAAUGUAUGGGUUUAAUAAUAUAAUUCAGUAUGGUUAUUGUUAAAUGUUUAAGCAUUUAGUUCCCAGGGGUCCAGCUUGCAGCCUAUCCACUGUCCUUGAACUAGAACUUCCUGCACCCUGGCAGUCGAAAGCGAUCGAGGGUUCUGGGAGUUGUAGGUCACCAACAGCUGGAAGGCAAGUGAAAAGGGUGAAGUAUAGGUACAAGAUGGCUGUCUGGCAAAAGAAAAACUGAACAACACAUGUUAUUCUUCCUGUCUCAGGGGAACCACCGUCUGUAACUGGGUUACACCAGAAGCCCAAAGUGCCUUUGUUCUGGUGUGAAACAAUAAAAUACGCGUUGUCAUCUCCA